CUGUCCUACAUCGCAAUGAUCGCUGCGGCUUUCCUGGUCUUAUUGAGACCCUUAAGCCUUCAGUGUGUGUUAUUGCUCUUGCUGCUUUUAAUAGGAACUAUCGCCACCGUGCUCUUUCUGUGCUGUUGGCACCGCAAGCUCCGCAAUGAGAAAAUCCCUAUAAAAUCAGUGCUUUCGAGGCGCUCCAGGAGUCGCGAAGCUGGUUUCCGGCCGCAUCAUUUUCGCUCUGAGGUGUGUCGCCACAGUCCGCGUCAUGUGAGGAGAAGCACACGCGCGCGCGUGUCCGAAGAGAAGCCGCUGAUCGAGAGCGAGCCUGACUCGAGCGCGUCCGUGAGGAAACGCAGAGUAAAGAAGAGAGUCCAGCCGGAGUUUUACCACACUGUGCAGCUCACACCAACACGAAAACCAAGCUCCGGGUCCGGUAACGCGUCUCUGCGCUGCUCUAUGUCUUCAUCCGCGGAUUUCUCAGAUGAUGAAGAGUAUAGUGUGAAAUCUGGGUCGGUGUCGCCGGCACCGGGGGACACUUUACCGUGGAAUUUACCCAGACAUGAGCGCUCGAAGCGGAAGAUCCAGGGAGGAUCCGUGCUGGAUCCAGCCGAGAGAGCGGUGCUCAGGAUCGCCGAUGAAAGAGACCGAGUCCAGAAGAAGACUUUCACCAAAUGGAUAAAUCAGCACCUCUUAAAGGUCCGAAAGCACGUGAAUGACCUGUAUGAGGAUUUGCGGGAUGGACAUAACCUGAUCUCCCUUCUGGAGGUGUUGUCCGGCGAGACUCUGCCAAGGGAGCGUGAUUUACUGAAGACGUUGCGGUUGGUGAGUGCGGCUGACGCAUGUGCGGUUGAGAAGCAUGGACGUGCCCUUCGUCAUGAUGAUGAUGAUGAGGAUGAGGAUAAGGGGCCGCGGGAGAAAGGCCGCAUGCGCUUCCACAGACUCCAGAAUGUACAGAUCGCGCUCGACUACUUAAAAAGACGCCAGGUCAAACUGGUGAACAUCAGGAAUGACGACAUAACAGAUGGAAACCCAAAGCUGACACUGGGAUUAAUAUGGACCAUAAUUCUGCACUUUCAGAUCUCGGAAAUCCACGUGACGGGUGAAUCCGAGGACAUGACGGCCAAGGAGAGGCUUCUGCUGUGGUCCAAGCAGAUGACUGAAGGAUACGUCGGGGUCCGAUGCGACAACUUCACUACCUCCUGGAGAGACGGACGACUCUUUAACGCCAUCAUCCAUAAGUACAGGCCUGAUCUGGUGGACAUGAGCAGAGUCUCGGCACAGACCAGCAGAUCUAACCUGGAGCAGGCGUUCGGUGUGGCGGAGCAGCUCGGUGUGGCUCGACUGCUGGAUCCAGAGGAUGUUGACGUGUCUUCACCGGAUGAGAAAUCUGUCAUUACGUACGUUUCAACAUUAUAUGACGUCUUCCCAAAAGUACCAGAAGGUGGAGAGGGCAUCAAUGCAAAUGAUGUGGAUGUGAAAUGGGUGGAGUACCAGAACAUGGUGAAUUACCUCAGUCAGUGGAUCAAACACAACGUGACUGUGAUGUCAGACAGACAUUUUCCCAGCAGUCCUGUGGAGCUCAAGGCACUUUAUACUCAGUAUCUACACUUUAAAGAGAACGAAAUACCACCAAAAGAGAACGAGAAGUCCAAAAUCAAGCAUCUCUACAAAAUGCUGGAGAUAUGGAUAGAGUUCGGGCGCGUGCACCUGCCUCCGGGUUUCCAUCCCAAUGAUGUGGAGAAGGAGUGGGGAAAGCUGAUCGUGGCCAUGCUGGAGCGAGAGAAGAGCCUGAGGCCGGAGGUGGACAGGCUGGAGAUGCUCCAGCAGAUUGCAAACCGUGUUCAGCGGGACUGCGCAGCCGGAGAGGAUAAACUAGCGCUAGCACGCAUCGCACUCCAGUCGGAUGUGAAGCGUCUGGAAUCAGGAAUCCAGUUCCAGAAUGAAGCAGAAAUCGCUGGUUUUCUCCUGGAGUGUGAGACUUUGCUGAGGCAGCAGGUGGUGGAUAUUCAGCUGCUGCUGGAUGGAAAAUUCUACCUGGCCGAUCAGCUCGUCCAGAGGGUGUCGAAGCUGCGUGACGAUCUGCUGUCUCUGAGGAGCGAGUGUUCCUCCGUCUACAGUAAAGGACGAACUCUGACCUCAGAGCAGACCAAGAUGAUGAUCUCGGGGAUCACGCAGAGCCUGAACUCGGGCUUCAGUGCGGGUCUUCUGUCGUCGGCCGGUGCUCCAGCGCUCAGCAAUCCCAGCAUGCAUCAGCCGGUGGCGGGAACGGUUUCGGCAUUCUCGAAUCCUGGAGCUGGAGGGGUCCUGGAGCAGCUCAAACACACACACAUCCGCAAACCCGUCCUCAAAGCCUCGUUCCUGGACCCAAACCUAAGCGAGGACGAGGCCAACAUGAAGUUUGUGCAGGAUCUGCUCAGCUGGGUGGAGGAGAUGCAGGUUCAGCUGGAUCAGGCUGAAUGGGGAUCUGAUCUACUGAGUGUUGAGUCCAAUUUAGGGAAUCAUAAAGAUUUCCACAAAGCCAUCGAAGAGUUCCAGAUGAGCAUUAAAGAAGCCAGAAUGAGCGAGAUGCAGAUGACUCAGCCGCUGAAGCAGAGCUACUCAGAGAAGAUCAACAAGUUGGAGACUCUGUACAGCCGACUGCUGAAAAGCUCAAGCGAGCGGCAGAGAAACCUGGACAGCCUGCAUGACUUUGUGUCCCGAGCCACCCAAGAACUAAUCUGGCUGAACGAGAAAGAGGAAGAGGAAGUGGCCUUCGACUGGAGCGAGCGAAACAGCAGUGUCUCCAGGAAGAGGGAUUAUCAUUCUGAUCUGAUGAGGGAGCUGGACGACAGGGAGGAGGUGAUCAGGUCUGUGCAGGAGAAAGCGGAGAAUCUCCUGCUGGAGAACCACCCGGCCAGACUGACCAUUGAGGCGUACAGAGCUGCCAUGCAGACGCAGUGGAGCUGGAUUCUGCAGCUCUGCCACUGUGUGGAGCAGCACCUGAAAGACAACACCGUCUACUUCGAUUUCUUCAGCGAUGCCAAAGAGUCACUGGACUACCUGAAGAGCCUCCAAGAUGCCAUUCACAGGAAGUACAGCUGUGACAGAAGCAGCAGUUUACACCGGCUGGAGGAUCUCAUCCAGGAGUCAAUGGAUGAGAAAGAGCAGCUCCUGAAGUACAGCAGUACUGUGGGUGGGUUAGUGGGCCGAGCAAAAGCCAUCGUUCAGCUCAAGGCUCGCAAUCCAGAGAAUCCCAUCAGGACGUCCAUACCUGUCAAAGCCAUCUGUGACUACCGGCAGAUAGAGAUCACCAUCGGGAAAGAGGACGAGUGUGUUCUGGUGAGCAACUCACACAGGGCCAAGUGGAAAGUCAUUAGUCCGUCUGGAAACGAGGCCAUGGUGCCUUCAGUCUGCUUCAGUGUUCCUCCACCCAAUAAAGAGGCCACUGAAAUGGCAAGCAGGAUUGAGCAGCUGUACCAGAAUGUUCUGGCUCUGUGGCAUCACUCCCACAUCAACAUGAAGAGUGUUGUGUCCUGGCACUAUCUGAUGACUGACAUCCGCGCCAUCCGCAAAAGCACCGUGGCCUCGAUCAAGACACUGCUGCCCGGGGAUCAUGAGCAGGUAUUGAGCGAUCUUCAGGCUCACUUCCAGGACUUCCUGAGGGACAGCGAUGAAUCCGAGGUUUUCACAAUGGCAGACUGUGCUCAGCUGGAAAAGGAGGUUCUGGCCUGUAAGGAGUAUUACGAGGAGCUUCUCAAAUCUGCAGAGAGAGAAGAGCACGAGGAGUCCGUGUACAACCUCUUCAUCUCUGAGGUGCGCAACUUUCGCAUGCGCGUGGAGGGACACGAGGAGCAGCUGAUCCGCAAAAUACGGACCCCGCUGGACCGAGACGACCUGCAGGAGUGUCUGCUGCGCAUCACUGAGCAGGAGAAGAAGAAGGUGGAGCUGGACAGGCUGAAGGAUGAGCUGGAGACUCUGAGAGAGAAGUGUGAAGUUUUCCUCCGUCAGGCAUCCGCCUCUCCAUCCGUCCCCACGCUUUCCUCCGAGCUCAGCAUCCUCACACAGAGCUCCAGCCAGGUCUACUCCAUGUGCUGCAUCUACCUGGAGAAGCUGAAGACGGUGAGUUUGGUAGUGAAACACAGUCAGAGCGCUGAAGCUCUGGUCAAACUUUAUGAAGCCAAGCUGAGCGAGGAGGAUUCGAUUAAUGCCAACAUCAAAUCUAUCGAUGGAGUCGUGAGCACUCUUAAGCAAUGGAGGUCUGAAAUUGACGAGAAGCGGGAGGUUUUCCAUGACCUGGAGGACGAGCUGCAGAAGGCGCGGGUGGUCAGCGAACGCAUGUUUAAAACACACAACGAGAGAGACUUCGAUUUGGACUGGCACAAGGAGAAGGCCGACCAGCUGAAAGAAAGAUGGCAGAACAUCCACUCUCAGAUUGAGAACAGGCUCCGAGAUCUGGAAGGCAUCAGCAAGUCUCUUAAGUACUACAAAGACACAUACAACAGUCUGGAUGACUGGAGCAAAGAAAUGGAGACCAAGCAGCUCAAAGCACAAGAAAAUCAACCUGAGGACAGCAAAGCACUGGCUGAAUUCCUUAACCAGCAGAAAGUGUUGGUUGCGGAGAUUGAGCAAAAACAAAGCAAAAUGGAGGAGUGCCAGAAGUAUUCGGAGCAGUAUGCUGUAGGAGUGAAGGAAUAUGAACUGCAGUUAAUGACUUAUAGAGCCAUGGUGGACUCUCAGCACAAAUCCCCAGUGAAGAGGAGGAAGAUGCAGAGCUCCUCUGAUGUGAUCCAGCAAGAGUUUAUGGAUCUUCGUACACGGUACACAGCCCUGGUUACUCUCAUGACACAGUAUGUGAAGUUUGCUGGUGAAACACUGAAGAGAGCUGAAGAGGAUGAGAGGAGGAAAUCAUUGGAAAAUGCGGAGUACCUAAGCUGGACCGAGAGCAUGGAGCUGCAGAAAUCUGCGAGCGAAGAGGAGAUCACCAGACUCCGGCGUCAGAGGUCUGUUGAGGAUGAGAAGAAAGAGCAUGGCGAUAAGGUUAACAAGUUAUUGAAUUGGAUGUCCAGUAUGAAAACAAAUCUGAGCAAUGAUGGAAAGGCUCAAAGUGAUGGAAAAUCCAGCACUGAGAGCACUAGUAAACCGCAGAUGUCGAUGGAAGAGAUGGUGACAAAGAAGGAGCAAAUUGGAGAAGCUUUGCGAACUACACAGCUGAUGCUAACCAAACACAGUGAUAAAAUGAUGGAAAAAGAAAAGCAAGAGGCAAAGGAACAGCUCAAAUCUCUUCAUCAGGCCUACAGUGAGAUUUCUCAACAGUGUGUGGAUGCGACGUCCUCAGCAGAUCAGGCUCAGAAAGUCAUCCAAGGGAUUCUGGAUGUUGAAAGUGGAGCUGUCAUGUCAGUUUGUUGCUCUGUUAAUCAUGGGAUUAUUGACCAGAUCACAGGACUUCAUCUUUUAGAGGCUCAGCUUAUAACCACUGGACUCAUCUGGCCUGAACAGCGGUUGUGUAUGGAUUUAGAGGACGCAUUCAAGAGCCAACUUGUGGAUGAUGCGAUGUUCAGGCAACUUCAGGAUUUGAAUGAUGCAAAAAAAUGUGUUCAGGACCCUCGCUUUGCUUUAGAACCUUUACCUUUCAUAGCAGCCCUGGAAAGUGGAUCUAUAUCUGAGCAGUCAGCUAUAAAGAUCAUUGAAAUCUUGGUAGCGACUGGAGGGUUGAGAUUGGCUGGUGAUAUCCUACAUCUGGACAGAGCUUUUCAGCUCGGCCUGAUACCUCACUCGCUCUUUAUCCAGAUAUUGGAGAUGAAGGACGCUUGGAAGAACUUGAUUGACCCUAAUACUGGAGAAAAAGUCACACUUAGUCAGCUUGUGCAGAGAAGUGAGAUGCAUGAGCCGACAAGCCUUUGCCUGCUUCCAGUGAAACGUGGAAAAGUCGAAACCAUAUCCCUCACAUCUGGGAAGGAGAUUAAUGUUAUAAAAGCCAUGGACGAAGGUGUUAUUGAUCGAGACACCAUGUCUCGGUUGCUGAGUGCUCAGUUGUUUGCUGGAGGCAUUGUUGAUCCUAAAAAUGGCCAUAAACUCACUGUUGAGGAGGCUUUAUCUGAGGGUCUCAUUGAUCAGGACGCUGCGAGCGAAAUACUAAGCCACCAAGCCCAAAAUGGUGGCAUUGUUAAUCCUCACAAUAAGGCGAGACUUACAGUUGAUGAGGCUGUCCAGUGUGACUUAAUAAGCUCCAGUAGUGCAUUGUUAGUUCUGGAAAGACAGAAAGCCUUCAUGGGUCUUCUUUGGCCUAACGCUGGUGAAAUCCUCUCUGUUUCCACCUCUCUUCAGCAAAAUAUAAUCACAGACACACUGGCGUCUGAACUUUUCCUCAACCGUCAGAAGAUAAUGGGAUUGUACAUACCUGAAACCUCUGAGGUUGUUGACAUAGACUUUGCAUUGGAGAAAAACUUGAUUGAGACAUUUACAAAAGAGCUAUUGAAGACAAUAGAGAUCCCAGAUGUGAUCCCUGAUAUAGAUGAACUGAGUAACAGGUUUUCAUCAUGGCUAGUAAUGCAGGAGCUACAGAUCAAAGGAUCUUGUACAGCUGGUGAAAAAAUAAGUGAGGAAUAUGGCACAAAUGCACCGUCUCUUUCUGAGGCAAAACAAUUAUUUGCUUCCUACCUCAUGAUGAACAGUUAUAUGGAUCCAGAGUCAGGUCAAAGGCUGCUUAUCUUUGAUUUGCAGCUAAACAAAAUGGCUAAAAUACUCUUUGAACAUUUACAAUCAGAAAGGUCAGAUGAGAUUAGUAGGAAUGAUAUUUCUGAAGAUUUGCAUGAGUCUCCACUUAGCAUUGUGGACACUGACAAUGACUGUCUGGAAGCCAAGUAUUGCACUUUGGGAGAGUUGCAAAUAUGCGAACCAUUGGAAAGCAGAACAGAAGAAGAGUAUGGAGCAAUGGAUGCCAACAUACCAAAACAUUACGUUGAUUUAAACACCUUACCAGCGGAUCAAAAAUGUGGUAUUUCCCCUGGCAGUAAUGAUCAUGUGACUGUAAGUGAAACUGAUAAACUGCAAAAGGAUUCUGCAUGUUCAAUAAUAGAUGAAUACCGAGGAAAAAACACAAAUAAACGGCUGUCAAAAGCAAUGCACACAGUGAAUUCUGAAUGUAAAGAUGUCAUUCAAGACCAAGACCAAGAAUCCUCAUCAGUAUUUCCUUCUGAAGCAAUUAGUUAUACAGAAAUGCCCUCUGGAGAUUUUACGGAGAUUACGUGGGAUGACAGACUUGAGAGAGAUUAUGCCAUUCAUCUUUUAAAGGCACAAGUAGAGGAAGGUGGGAUUUUAGAUGUGACCUCAGGAAAACGGUAUGACCUUGAGUCUGCUCUCGAUAAGGGACUUAUUGAUGAAGAGACUGUCUUAGAAGUACUUGCAUUACAGCUCAAUGAGGACGAUUUUAAGGAUAAAGAAAGAGCUACAUUGUCAGUUCUAAACAUUUCUGCUAAUAAAGGAUGGAUCUCAAAUACGGUAGCACUACAGAUCAUGGAAAAGCAGAACUUUCUGGGCGGUUUCUAUGAUGCAGCAGUUGGAAAAACCGUUAGUGUUUGCGAUGCUUUAGAGACAGGUCUGAUUACUGAUGAGAUUAGCAGAAGUGUUCUUUGUUCAGAGCCAAUCAGGAAUGCCAUCACUGAUCCAAAGGGAAAGUGUGUAAUCAGUGUAAAUGAUGCCCACCGGAUGGGAAUGUUGGACGAUGAAGGAGCUGAACGAUUGCUGCAUUCACAGCAGGAUGAAAUUGUAGACAUUGUGGUGCUUGACCUAUCAGAAAAAGGUCAAAUAAGCACAAGAUCAGAUGAAGCCAUCCAGGUGUCUACUGACACUGAAUCUGUAAGCAGUAGUCAGGAUCUUCCUUUACCAUCCAUUUGUGGCAUUCCCUCUAAAGCUAUUUCUACUAAAGACUAUGCAUUUGCUAAAAUUUCCAAAAUAGUCAAAGAAUCAGAUGAAGCCACAAAAGUAUCUACCAACCCAGAAGGUGUGAGCUGUCCUCAGGAACUCUCUUUAACCUUAAUUUCUGACGUUCAACCUCAAGAUAUUUCCACAAAAGACAAUGUGUUUGGUAAAGAUUCCAAGACAAGCCAAGAAUCAGAUGAAACCAUGCAGGUAUCUAGUGACGUAGGAAGUGUGAGCUCUAGUCCGGAACUUCCAUUACCUAUAAUUUCUGACAUUCAACCUAAAGCUAUUUCCACAAAAGCCAAUGUGUUUGAUAAGUUUUCUAAGACAAGGCAGGGAUCAGAUGAAGCCAUGCAGGUAUCUACAGACACAGAAGCUGUAAGAGGUAGUCAGGAUCUUUAUUUACCCUCCAUUUGUGACGUUCUGCCUAAAGCUAUUUUUACAAAAGAUAAAAUGCUACAUGAUGUUUCUGAGACAAGCCAGGAAUCAGAUGAACAUAUGCAGAUUUCUACUGGAAUAGCAAGUGGGAACAGUAAUCAGGAGCCUCCUUUACCUAUCAUUUCUGACAUUCAACCUGAAGCUGUUUCUACAAAAGACAAUAUGUUACAUAUAGUUUCCAAGGCAAGUCAGGGAUCAGAUAAAGCCAUGCAUGUAUCUUCUGACAUAGCAAGUGUGAGCAGUAGUCCAGAACUUCAUUUAGUGUCUGUUUCUGACAUUCACUCUAAACCUUCUUCCACAAAAGGCAAUGUGUUUGAUAAAGUUUCUGAGAUAAGCCUGGUAUCAGAUGAGGCCAUGCAGAUAUCUUCUAGCAUAGCAAGUUUGAGCAGUAGUCAGGAACCAUCUUUACCCACCAUUUGUGACAUUCAACCUAAAGUUAUUUCAACAAACAGUGUGAUGAAUAAUCAUUCUGAGACUAAUGGAUUGGGGUACAAUGACUGUGAUGUACAAUGUGAUCAUUUCAAUAUUGUGGAUACCAAAAAUUUCAGUUUCAGUUCCGAAGCAAAUGAGGAAAAAGGACCAAAUAACAAUUUUGACACGUAUGAUGUUGAUGUGUCUUCUGAAGCUGGUAGUUCUUCAUCUUGUGUUAGGCAGGUGACAUAUCUCAGGACCUCAGUGAGUCAGGUUGUUAGCCCUGUACAGAGUGAUUCUGGGAUAUCCUGUUCCCCCCAAAGUGACAUCUGUUUAGAUGAAAGGAGAUCAGAGAGUGUACUUAAUCCUGACCAGGAAUUCAAAGAGUCUGAAAUAACACGUGUACAUUUCAACAAAGGAUCCUCUGAGAGCUCAAGUACUUCGCUACCAAUGGUAGAAGAUGUUGCAAAAGUUUGUUCAAUCACAGAACCCCAGUCAGCCUUGUCCUUAUGUGGUGCAAAUGCCCAGUCACCAAUUGAGAUAACAACAGAGGUCAGUUUAAGUUCUGAUGGUCAUCCCACAUUUGUUCAAAAUUUGCUGAAUGAUAAGAAGUAUAGAUCAUCUCAGACCAAUGCAUUGUAUACAGCUAAAAACCCUAAUCAUAUUAAUGAGAACCCAAAUCUCAAGCAUUGUAAUGAAGAUCCAAGUGUGGAUGAUCCAAGUACAGAGAAUACAGUUAAAGAUUUGGCUAAGUGUGAGGACAUACAAGGAAUGUUCAGAAAUUUCUAUGAAUUGCAAUCAGGCCACCAAAGUCCAAGUCCUUCUGUGAGUGUAAUGCUUGACCAGUAUAGUGAACAUGCAGGCAUAUUCACACAGUCUCAAGGUGGAGAUACAGUUGUUAAUGAAGUUGCUCACCAGGGCAACCUUCAUUUACCUUAUGUCUCAAAUGCCACAGAUGAAUGGUCUCCAAAAUCAAUGGGAAGAAGUGAUUCAAGAUCUAACCUAAAUGAGUUAAUCCAAGUGAAGAUAGAUCGAGCAAGUGUUGAUGAUACUCAAAAACAAAAAGUAGCAUCCGGAAUAACAAAUGUAUAUUUCAACAAAGGGACAUCUGAGAGCUCAAGUACUUCACUACCAAUUGUAGAUGUUGCACAAGUUAGUUCACUUGCAGAACCACAGUCAACCUCAUGUGGUGCAAAUGCCCAGUCACCAAUCGGGAUGGUAACAGAGGUCAGCUUAAGGACGAAUGGUCAUCCCACAUCAGCUCAAAAUUUGCUAAAUGAUAAAGAGUAUAUGGCAUCUCAAACAAAUGCUUUGCAUACAGCUAAAUGCCCUAGCCAUAUAACUGGGAACCCAGAUCUCAAGCAUUGUAAUGAAGAUCCAAACAUAGAUGAUCCAAGUAUAGAAAAUACAGAUAAAGAUUUGGCUAAGUAUGAUGACAUACAAGGGAUGUUCAGAAAUCAAAUGCCAAAUGUCAAAGAUGAAUUUUCUUCAAAAUCAAUGGGAAAAAGGGAUUCAAGAUCUAUCUUAAAUGAGUUAAUCCAAGUGAAUAUGGAUGGAGCAAGUGUUGAUGAUACUCAAAAACAAAAAGUGGAGUCAGAAUCACAGACAGCCUCCUUAUGUGGUGCAAAUGCCCGGUCCCCAAUUGAGAUGGCAACAGAGGGAAGUUUAAGUACUGAAGGUCAUCCCACAUUAGGUCAAGGUUGGCUGAAUGAAAAUCUGAAAGAGUAUAUGUCAUCUCAGACCAAUGCAUCGCAUACAGUUAAGUACCCUAAUAAUAUUAAUGAGAACCCAGAUCUCAAGCACUGUAAUGAAGAUCGAAGUGUGGAUAAUCCGUGUGAAGCGUGUGAGGACAUACAAGGAAUGUUCAGAAAUUCCUAUGAAUUGCAAUCAGGCCACCAAAUUCCAAGUCCUUCUGUGAAUGUAAUGCUUGACCAGAAUAGAGAACAAACUGCAGGCAUGUUCACACAGUCUCAAGGUGGAGAUACAGUUGUUAAUGAAGUUGCUCACCAGGACGACCUUAAUGUACCUCAUAUGGCAAAUGCCACAGAUGAAUGUUCUCCAAAAUCAAUGGGAGGAAGUGAUUUAAAAUCUAACUUAAGUGAGUUAAUCCAAAUGAAGAUGGAUGGAGCAAGUGUGGAUGAUACUCAAAAACAAAAAGUAGAGUCCGGUAUAACAAAUGUAUAUUUCAACAAAGGAUCCUCUGAGAGCUCAAGUACUUCACUACCAAUAGUAGAAGAUGUUUUACAAGUUAAUACACUCACAGGACCACAGUCAGCAAGCUUAUGUGGUGCAAAUGCCCAGUCACCAAUCGAGAUGAUAACAAAGAUCAGUUUAAAUUCUGAUGGUCAUCCCACAUUAGCUCAAGGUUUGCUGAAUGAAAGUCUGAAAGAGUAUAUGCCAUCUCAGACCAAUGCAUUGCAUAGAGCUAAAUACCUUUAUCAUGUAAGUGAGAACCCAGAUGUUAACCAUCAUAACGAAGAUCCAAGUGUGGAUGAUCAAUGUACUGAGGCUACAGUUAAAGAGUUGGCUAAGUGUGAGAACAUGUUCAGAACUUCACCAAUGACUAAACCUGAGCCCAGAGCUGUCUGUACUGAAAGUACUGUUGACUGUAAUCUGGAAAAGAAUAGUGGGACUGAAAACUCUACUGAUUGUAAAAUAUCCAUGGACAUGCUUCAACCUGAUUUGAAUACUACAUCAGAUGAGUUGACAAGAUCAGUCGAAUCAGACCUUACAAGUGACAGUGGCAGAUAUUCAAAAGUAGAAACCAUGGCAGAAACUCUGAAGUCAACCUCAGGUCAUUGUUCAGUGGAUAAGUUCGUAGAAUCCAAUCAAUUGCAAUCAGUUCCUCAAAUUCCAAGUCCUUCUGUGGGUGUUGUGCUUGACCAGAAAUGUGAAACUCAAACUGCAGACAUCUUUAAACAGUCUCAAGGUGGAGAUACAAUUAUUGAUGAAGGCGCUCUCCAGGAUGGCCUUCAAUUACCUCAAAUGACAAAUGCUAAAGAUGAAUGUUCUCCAAAAUCAAAAGAAAGCAAUGAUUUAAGGUCCUACUUAAAUGAGCUAAUCCAAAUGAAGAUGGAUGGAGCUAGUUUAGACGAGACUCAAAUGCAAAAAAGCCAAGCCAUCGAUAACAUCAUUGAAAUCCUUCAGCACCACUCUAGAUCCUUUUCAGCCAGUUGUGCUGAUUCAAAUGAGAGAAGCAGGGAUCCAGAUAUCCUCCUGGAUUUGGAAAAGCAUGAAGGAACAACAGAAGUUCAAACUUGUCCAUCUGAUGAAAGUAAAGAUGAACCAAAGCAACAGGCUGAUAUACAGGACAUGAUUCAGAAGAUUUCAAGCCGACAUUCAGAAAUGCCUGAGAAAGGAGAUGGAGAGCUCAAAAGUCUUUUGGGAGGCGCUAUCCUGAAAGAUGAAAGCUUGGAAGCUAAAGUUUUUGCUGAUAUUGCUUCAGAUGAUGUCUUCCAGCCAACUGACUCUAUCUACCAGGUCAUCUCUGUAGGAGAAGAUCCACACAUAAAGCAGGCAGAUGGAGUCAAAAUGAGAAGAUAUUCCACCCAGAAUUACUUGGAAUGUGUUGGAAAACUUCAGGACCAUUUCGAUACUCUAGAAGACGUAAGAAGUGACUUGCUGACCAAGGGUCCAAUAGCAGAAAACAUUGAAGAAUUGCAUUGUCAGUUAGAGGAAAUUCAGUCUCUGGAAGCACAGAUUGCUGCUCUCCCUGCCAUGCUAACUGCAGAUUUGAUCAUAGCAGAGCAGCUUCUGAAUUCUGCCGAUGAUCUUACUCCCACACAAAUCCACCAAGAUUUGGCUGCAGUCUUUGUAGAUUUACAGAAUACUUUCACAGAUGUUUGCCACUUAUCAGCUGAGCGAAGUAACGCUAUUCUACUAGCCAUUGACAAAGUGAAGAUCCAACUGGAAACUUCAUAUCAGGAUUUGCUAAGCUCUCUUGAGAAGGUCUCAGCUUGUAUUCGAGAAAAUUCUGAGAUGAUGUCUGAGCUUGAUUUCAUGGAUGCUGAUGACACAGAAAAUAUAAACAACAAGAUUCAGCAAAAUAAGGACAUAGAGAAGAACUUAUCAGGAACCCGGCAGCUCCUUGAUGAUGCUGCUUUUGAUAUCCAAAGCUUCAUUUCUGAGCAUGCUCAGUUCCUGAGUCCCGCUCACAGCAGACACCUUCUCAGGACUCUCAGCAGCACACAGAGAUCCUUCAAGGAGCUCAAGGACAAAGUGUUUAUUCAGAGGAAAACUCUGGACGUCCAGUCUGAGAUGCUUGAGGAUGAGACUCAGCGGCAGGCUGCUGUGGAGAAGCAGAGGGAGUUUUCAGAAAAGCUUCAGGAGUUAUUUGAUGAUUUAACACAGACAGAAAACCGACUCAUUGGGCAUCAGCAGCAGGCGGUCGGCGCCAAGACUGUCGGAGACCUCCAACAAUACCAACAAGAGCAUCAGGCUCUACAGAAAGACCUCCAGGCCAAUGCUAGCGCGCUCAGUGAAGUCAUCAACAGCACGAAGAAGUUUCUGGAGGAGAAUCGCAGUAAACUGAGCCCAGAGCAGGUUUCAGCUCUUGAGAACAAGCUGGAGGAGCUGAAGAGUAAAGCCAAUACACUUAACCAGAGAGCUGAAGAGUCCAGGAAAGAUCUGGAGAAUGUUUUGACAAGCGCCAUCAAGCAAGAGACCGAGAAGGUAGCAGCCGUUGAACAGCUUGAAGAAAGCAAAACCAAGAUUGAAGGACUUCUGGGCUGGAUCUCCAACAUUGGGAAAGAGAAAGAAAUGGGGGGAAUGCAAAAAGAGAACGGAAACAUGCCGGAGUUCACGCCGAUGAAGAGUAUCAUUGAAGAAGGAGAUGAUCCUAAUGGAAAUGCGCCGGAUACUACGGAUAACACAAGACCAUGUUCAGCUGAAAAACAAGACAGUAACGCCCUGGAUCUGGACCAGCAGUAUAACAGGGUUCAAGCGCAUCAUCAGGAGAUCUUGUCCCAGCAGCAGGAUUUGAUCAUCGCCACACAGUCGGCACAAGCUCUGCUGGACAAACAGGCUCAAGUGCUGUCGCCGGCUGAAAAAGACAAGCUCCAGCGGGACGUUAAAGAGCUGAAGGGCCGCUACGAGUCCUCACUCACGCAGGCCGAGCAGCAGAUGAAGCAGAUCCAGGCUGUCCAGGAGGAGUUUCACAAAUUCAAGGCAGAUUUCAAGGAGUUUGAGACCUGGAUCCAGCAGGCCGACGGGCAGAUGGAGGAGCUCGGGACGUCUGCUGAUAAUCUGGACACCCUGAGGAAUAAUCUCCAGAGACAGAAGAGCUUCUCUGAGGAUGUGAUUUCUCAUAAAGGAGACCUGCGCUUUAUAAAUAUCUCCGGGCAGAAGGUGCUGGAGGCAGCGAAGGCUUGUGAUCGGGGCGAGUGUAACGCAUCAGAUGGGCUGCCGGCGGUGGAUAUGUCCAAGACUUGUAAUGCAGUGAGAGAAAAGCUGGACUCUGCUGGUUCUCACUAUAAAGCCUUGCACACACAGUGUAAUCAGCUCGGCAGUAACCUGAAGGACGUGGUGGAGAAGUUCGGGAGGUAUGAAGACGCGAGUGUUUCUCUGGUGAAAUGGCUGGACGCUUCAGAGGAAGAGUCCAGAAGACAGCAGUCUAAGCCCAUCGCUGGAGACCCUCAGAGCCUGCAGAGACAGCUGGAGGAGACCAAGAGUCUUCAGGGUCAGACGGCGGUGCGUCAGACAGCAGUGGAGAUGCUGAGGAGAAACGCCGAUGCUCUGAUCAGUGCAGACGGAGACCUGCUGUCCAAUCCAGACCACAUCCAGGAGACUGUGGAUGACAUCUCGGAGCGUUUUGCUAACCUGUGUAAGUGUGUGAGCGGCCGCAGUGAGAAGCUGCAGGUGACCCUGACGCGCUCGUUCAGUGUUCAGGACGGCCUGGACGAGAUGCUGAGCUGGAUGGAGAAGGUGGAGGAGAGCCUGAAGGAGACGCCGGCGGUGACACUGGACUCUAGAUCCAUCACAGAAGCUCUCAGCAAAGAGACAGCUCUGGAGCAGGACAUGAUGAGCAGGCAGAGCAGUGUUUCCGCCAUGCAGCUGAAGGUGAAGGCGUUUGUGGAGAGUGCAGAUCCAGCCGCCGCUGCUCUUCUGCAGGCCCGGAUGGAGGCUUUGAGCCGGCGCUUCACCGACGCCUCUGAGCAGCACAAACUGAAGCUGAAGCGGAUGGAGGAGCUGAAGCUGAAGGUGGAGGAGUUCGAGACAACAUCAGAGGAGCUGCAGCAGUUUGUGUUGAGGAGCUCGCAGGCUCUCUUAGAGACAGACGGACCCCAGAGGAACAUCGCUGAACUCUUGCUACUCGUACAGGACACAAGCGUGGAGUUAUCUCAGCAUGUGAAGGACGUGGAGACUCUACACAAACUCUCAGAGGAACUCUGUAAACUCGGUUCUGAAGGAAGUGCAGAUCUUCUACAGAACAAGAUGAAGAACAUCUCUGACAACUUCAACGCUCUCAAGGAGACAAUUACAGAGAAGACGGCGGAGGUCUCAUCCUGUCAGGAUCAGCUGCAGGAGUUCAGGGCGGCUGCAGGAGUGUUAAUGAAAUGGCUGGAGGAGACAAAAGAGCGAGUGCCAACACUUCAGGCCAACUGCAGUGAACAGGGCCUGAGAACUGACCUGAAAACAGUCAACGGCUUGCUGGACGCCUGGACCUCCAAAUCUCCCGCGGUCCAGGAUAUAAAUAGCAAGGGAUCUGCUCUGUGUAGCCUAAUCAGUGUUUUGACAUCGCCAGCCAAAGCCAAGAUACAUCACAACUCAGGAUCGGUUGUCAGUAAUGGUUCUGGUCCAGGAAAUCAUGCUUUUCUGUCAAACCAAGAGCUGAUGAUGGUCCAGCAGAACGUGUCCUGCAUUAAUACGGAUUAUGAUCAUCUGGGGAAGCUGCUGAAGAGCCGCUCUUCUGAACUCAACGCUUUGCUGAAGAGAGUUGAGGGUGUUUGUGAACAGGCUGAGUCUCUGCGUCAGUGGAUGGAGGAUGCAAAGAAGACAGCAGCAUCCUGGAGGAAACAGCCAUCUGGGAACGACUCGGUCAAAUCACAGCUGGAGCAGCAGAAGGUCUUUGAAGAGAACAUGAAGCAAAAGCAGGAUCAGCUCCAGCAGCUGAGGGAGAAUCUGCAGCGCUUGAUCCAGGAGAAGCCGGACUCACCCGACGCACAAAAGUGGAAGCACAUGCUGGCACAGAUAGAUGCAGGAUGGGAGGAGGUCAAGGGGUCAAUGGAGAUCCGGAAGCAGCACCUGGAGGAGUCGUCCCGCAUGCUGGAGCUCUUCCAGACGGCCCGACCGCAGCUCUCGCAGUGGCUGCAGGAGAAGGAGCUGAUGAUGGGGGUCCUGGGACCCUUAUCUGUGGAUCCUAACAUGCUGAACACACAAAAGCAGCAAGUACAGAUCCUCCUGCAGGAGUUUGACAGCCGCAAGCCUCAGUAUGAGAAAUUAACCGAAGCCGCUGCAUCAAUUACCAGCAGCGCAUCAGAGAAGCAGGAUCCAGCAGUACAGCAGGUCCAGGAUCAGCUGGCAUCUUUGUCCCAGAAGUGGCAGGCUUUGACGGGUCAGCUUUCUGAACGUCACGCUCUCAUUGAACGAGCUGUCGAGAAGACCACGCAAUUCCAGCAGCUCCUGCAGAGCCUCAGUAAAAGCGCCACUGGCCUGGAGACUGAACUGAAUAACCAGCAGACCCUCAGCAGCAGACCCGAUGAAGUCAAGAAGCAGAUCCAGGCCACCAAUGAGAAGCUUUCUCAGCUGCGAGAGGAGAAGAAGAGGCUGAAGGAGGCCGAAUGCAUCUGCUCGGAGCUCUCCAAGAUGAUCACUGAAGAAUAUCUCAGAGCGGACCUCACAAAACAGCUGGAGAGUGUCACUAAACCAUUCAGACAACUCGAGGACAAAGCAGCUAAGCGGAUCGAGCAGCUCAACUCGGCUUUCGCCAGCUCUCAGCAGUUCCACCAGACAUCGAAAGACUUCCAAUCCUGGCUGAAUGGAACUCUGCAAGAUCAAUGCAACCCACAACCCAUCUCUGCUAAUAUCCAGACGCUCAAACAGAGUCUCGAAGACAACAGCGCUGUUCAAAAAACCAUCAAUGACCAUGAAGAACCUUACCAGACCAUCAUGAAAGAGGGAGAAGCUCUCCUCCAGAGCACUGAAGGCGCAGAAAAGGUGGCUCUUCAAGGACAACUGUCUGCUUUAAAGUCUAACUGGGAAGAUGUGAAGAAAAGCAACGCAGAACAAGCAGAAAAGCUUCAGACGGCAAUGCAGAGGGCAUUGAAAUACAAAGAGAACUCUGAGAAGCUGAACUCAUGGUUGCAGGAGUGUGAAGACAGGGAGACGAAUGUAAAACUCAGCGUAAGCUCGGUCGAGAUUGAAGGAUCGCUCUCACAAUUAAAGGCCGUCCAGAAAGACAUUGAUAAGCAUAGAGGACACAUAGAAAUGAUGAACAGUGCUGCAGACGACCUCCUGGAGGUCAUCACAACAGAUGGAGAUACAAUUAAGGAGGACAAGCUAUCAAUUGGUAAAAGAGUCGAUAAGCUGACUGAAGAUCUAACGCUCAAACGAGAAUUAUUAGAAAGCAUCUCACAGAAACUAAAAGAGUUCAGUGACCUCCAGAAGGAAGCUAAAGGGCAGUUGGAGAGCGCAAGGAAAGUUCUGGAUGUUCACUCUUCAUUGGGUGUCCAGGCUUUCAGCAAUAAGAACCUGAGCAAUAUGAAGGCUCAGCAGAACGGCUUGGAGAGCGUCCAUAAACAGAUUGAGCAUCUCAAAAGUAUCGCACAAGGACUCGUUGUUGAUGCAUCUGAGGCUGAAGGUGUGACGGAUCUUCUUCUGCAAGCAGACAGCCUUGAAAAAGACCACAUGUCCAUUAGCAAAAAGGUGGACGAUGCUUGCUCCAAUUUGGAGAGCAAACUUCUUGGAAUCGGGCAGUUUCAGGACAGCAUUCGGGAGAUGUUUGCAAACUUCGCAGAUUUGGACGACGAGUUAGAUGUUAUGGCUCCUGUAGGACGAGAUCUUGAGAUCUUGAGAGAUCAGAAAUCUGCCAUCGAGGCAUUCGUAGGCAAACUUCAGGAUCUGAUGAGCAACACAUCCAACGGGAGAGAUAAUUGCAGGAAGAUGCUGGAGUCGGAGGCUUCACCGGAUCUGCUGGGUCUGAAGAGAGACUUGGAAACUCUCGGAAAACAGUGUGGAAAGCUGAUGGACAGAGCCACCGGGAGAAAAGAGCAGGUUGAGGAGACGCUCAAUCAUCUGGAGGAGUUUUACAGCAGGACGCAGGAGUUUAGCAGCAAACUGAGCACUGCUGAAAGGCAAGAGGAGUCCCAGGGGUCUGUCGGAUUGGAAACAGAAGUCAUUAAUCAGCAACUGGAGUCCUUCAAGGUUUUCCAAAAGGACGUGAUUGAGUCUCUGCAGAGCCAGUUCCAGGAGUUAAACACUCUUGGCCAGGCGCUGAUCCAGAACGCCCCCAAAGGCACCAGCACCAAAAACCUGGAUCACGAUCUGGAGGAGGUCAACACCAGGUGGAACACGCUCAACAAAAAGGUUGCAGAGCGAUCAGCACAGCUUCAUGAAGCCCUCCUUCACUGCGGACGCUUUCAGGAUGCUCUGGAGUCUCUGCUCAGCUGGCUCACAGACACAGAGGAGCUGGUGGCCAAUCAGAAACCUCCGUCUGCUGAAUUCAAAGUGGUCAAAGCACAGAUACAAGAGCAGAAGCUGCUGCAGAGAUUGCUGGAUGAGCGGAAAGCUACGGUGGAGCUGAUUAAGACGGAGGGACGGAAGGUGACAGAUUUAGCCGACACUGUUGAUAAGGAGAAGAUUGGCAGAGAGAUUGAAUGCCUGGGCCAAAGGUGGGAUGCCCUGCUUAAGAAAGCCGAGCACAGACACAAGCAGCUGGAGAAUAUUUCGGUGGUGGCUCAGCAAUUCCACGAGACCCUGGAGCCGCUGACGGAGUGGCUGACGGCGACCGAAAAACGACUCGCAAACUCGGAGCCCAUCGGCACACAGACGUCCAAACUAGAGGAGCAGAUCUCACAGCAUAAGGCUUUAGGGGAGGAGGUUUUGGGCCGGGGUAAGAUGUUGUACCAGGCCAUGAGCCUGGGUCAGUCUCUGCGGACGCUGGGUUGUGUGGAUGAUAAAGAGACGGUGCAGGUAAAGCUGGAAAACACACAGCGCAGCUUUCUGGAGCUCCAGGAGCAGUGCAGACAGAAGGAUGAGCUACUGAGGCAGGCCCGGGCCAACGCGCAGCUCUUUGGAGAGGAUGAAGUGGCUCUGAUGACGUGGCUGGAUGAGGUGCACGCAAAACUGAGCGAAGUCUCGGUUCAGGAUUACACUCCGGCGGUGCUGGAAAAACAGCACGCAGAGCAGCUGGCUCUUCAUGAAGACAUUGAGUUGAGGAAACAAAACAUCGAACAGGCCAUCCUCAACGGCUUAGAACUGCUCAAGCAGACCACAGGCGAUGAGGUUGUGGUGAUUCAAGGCAAACUGGACGGCAUAAAGACGAGGUAUUCAGAGAUCAACACAAUGAGCAGCAGCGUGUCAAAGACUCUGGACAAAGCGCUUUCUCUGGCCACAAAGCUCCAGAACAGCCACGAGGAGCUGAACGUCUGGCUGGAGAAGGUGGAGGCCGAGCUGAACACAUUUACAGAUCCGCAGCCGCUCGGAGAGCAGCUCACUGACCUGCAACACAGACAGAGCGCGCUGGUGCAGCAGCUGAAGGAGCAGAAGCCGCUGCUGGACGCUCUGAAUGAAGUGAGCAGUGCUCUGCUGGAGCUGGUGCCCUGGAGAGCCAGAGAAGGUCUGGACAGGAUGAUCACAGAAGAUAAUGAACGCUACAGAUCAGCCAGCGAUACUUUAAUCCAGCGUGUGGAGCAGACCGGAGCCGCCAUCCUCAAAUCCCAGCAGUUUGAGCAGGCAGCCGGUGCUGAGCUGCAGUGGUUCACCGAGGCUGAAAUGAAGCUGUCGGCUCUCGGUGAUAUCAGUCUGGAGCCGGAGAAAACCACAGCUCAACUACAGGCUCAGAAGAGCUUCUCCAUGGAUAUCAUGAGGCAUAAAGAUGCCGUGGAUGACAUUGUGAAGACCGGCGAAGCCAUUAUGAACAGCAAAGAUGAAGCAGAGAAGCAGGCGCUCAAGGUGAAGCUCCAGGCGCUGCUGGAGAAGUAUACUGUGGUGAGCCAGCUGAACUCAGAGCGCUGUCUGCAGCUGGAGAGGGCUCAUUCUCUGGCCUGUCAGUUCUGGGAGACCCACGAUGAGCUGUGGCCAUGGCUGCAGGACACCGGAGCUGCAUUCACGGAGCUUUCACAGCCCGCUAUUGAGUAUGAAGCCCUGCGACAGCAACAGGAGGAGCUCAGGCAAAUGAGGGAGCUGAUUGCCGAGCACAAGCCACACAUCGACAAGAUGAAUAAAACGGGCCCUCAGCUGGUGGAGUUGAGUCCUGCGGAGGGAACGGCCAUCAGGGAGAAAUACGAGACAGCAGACCGACUGUACGGACAGCUGAAAGUGGACGUUAAACACAGAGCCUCCACCCUGGAUGAGGCCAUAUCCAAAUCCACACAGUUUCAUGAUAAGAUCGAACCCAUGCUGGAGUCUCUGGAGCGCAUCUCUGAGCGCCUGCGCCAGCCUCCGUCCAUCUCUGUGGAGGUGGAGAAGAUCCGCGAGCAGCUCUCUGAGAAUAAAGCGCUGAGCGUCGACCUGGAGAAACUUCAGCCGUCGUACGAGACACUCAAACAGCGAGGAGAGGAGAUGAUCGCACGCUCGCAAGGAGCAGACAAAGACCUCUCAGCCAAAGCGGUUCAAGAUAAGCUGGAUCAGAUGGUGUUUCUGUGGACCGACAUCCAGGCUCUUCUGGACGAGAGAGAAGCCAAGCUGCUGGACGUGAUGGACCUGGCGGAGAAGUUCUGGUGCGAUCACUGCGCUCUCAUCGUCACCAUUAAAGACACGCAGGAGCUGCUGAAGGAGCUGGAGGAGCCCGGGGUCGACCCGUCAGUGGUCAAACAGCAGCAGGAGUCUGUGGAGGGCUUCAGAGAAGAGAUCGACGGCCUGCAGGAUGAGCUGAAUGUGGUCCAGAAUCUGGGAGCAGAGCUCAUGACAGCAUGUGGAGAACCAGAUAAACCAGUCAUCAAGAAGAGUAUAGACGAGGUGAACUCCGCUUGGGAAACCCUGAAUAAGGCAUGGAGGGAGCGAGUGGAGACUCUGGAGGAGGCCAUGCAGGCGGCCGUUCAGUUCCAGGACAGUCUCCAGAACAUGUUUGACUCGGUGGACAUUAUGGAGGGCAAACUGGAUUCAAUGUCGCCUGUGGGCACAGACCUGGAGACUGUCAAACAGCAGAUCGAGGAGCUGAAGGAGUUUAAAGGGGAAGCGUACCAGCUGCAGAUUGAGAUGGAGAGGCUGAACCAUCAGGCCGGGCUCCUGCUGAAGAAGGUGAUGGAUGAAGACGACCGAACCUCCAUCUCAGAGCCGAUGAACGAGCUCAAGAUGCUCUGGGAAAACCUGGACAAGAAGAUUAUCAACAGACAGCACAAGCUGGAGGGGGCGCUGUUGGCUCUCGGGCAGUUCCAACAUGCUUUAGAUGAACUUUUGGCCUGGCUCACACACACUGAAGAGCUGCUCGGGGAACAGAGGAAGGCUUGCGGAGACCCGAAAGCCAUCGAGAUCGAGCUCGCGAAACACCACGUGUUGCAGAAUGACGUUCUGGCCCAUAAGAGCACGGUGGAGGCGGUGAACAGGGCCGGAUGUGACCUGAUGGAGUCCAGCGCUGGAGAAGAGGCUCGAGGCCUGCAGAGCAAGCUGGAGAACCUGAACCAGCGCUGGAAAAGCAUCCUGGAGAAGACGGAGCAGAGACGCCAGCUUCUGGACUCAGCUCUGCUGCAGGCUCAGGGUUUCCAUGGCGAGAUUGAAGACAUGCAGCGGUGGCUGAAAGACAGCGAGCGUCAGCUGUUAGCAUCUAAAGCUGUCGGAGGUUUACCAGACACGGCCCGCGAGCAGCUCAACACACAUCUGGAGCUCUGCAGUACGCUGGAAGUAAAGGAGGAAAUAUACAAGCAUCUCCUUGAGCGAGGACAGCAGAUUUUGGCCAUGACCCCUGAAGGUCAAGACAGCACCACAGAACUGGACCUGCGGAACCUGCAGGACAAGUGGGAGAGUGUUCAGACCAAAGUCAAGGAGAGGAAGGUCAAACUGGAGGAGGCUCUUGCCAUGGCCACAGACUUCCAUAACUCACUGCAGGAUUUCAUUAACUGGCUGACGCAGGCUGAACAGACGCUCACCAUGGUGUCUCCUGCCUCGCUCAUCCUGGAGACCAUCAUGUUCCAGAUAGACGAGCAUAAGGUGUUUGUGACGGAGGUGAACUCGCAUCGGGAUCAGAUCAUGGAGCUGGAUAAGACAGGAACGCACCUGAAGUACUUCAGUCAGAAACAGGACGUGGUGCUGAUCAAAAACCUCCUGCUGAGCGUUCAGAGCCGCUGGGAGAAAGUGGUGCAGCGCUCCGUGGAAAGAGGACGACUGCUGGACGACGCCAGGAAACGUGCAAAACAGUUCCAUGAGUCCUGGAGCAAACUGAUGGAGUGGCUGGAGGAGUCCGAGCGAGCGCUGGACACUGAGAUGGAGAUCGCCAACGACCCAGAUAAGAUCAAGACACAGUUGACCCAGCACAAGGAGUUUCAGAAAGCUCUGGGCAGCAAGCAUUCGGUGUACGACACCACCAGCCGCACAGGACGGGCUCUGAAGGACAAAACCUCCUUACAAGAUGACAACCAGAAGCUGGACCACAUGCUCAGUGAGCUCAGGGACAAGUGGGACACGGUGUGCGGCAAAUCUGUAGAGAGGCAGAAUAAGCUGGAGGAGGCUCUGCUGUUCUCAGGUCAGUUCACAGACGCACUGCAGGCUCUGAUCGACUGGCUGUAUAAAGUGGAGCCUCAGCUGGCAGAAGAUCAGCCGGUGCAUGGAGACAUAGACCUGGUCCUCAACCUCAUCGACAGCCAUAAGGUGUUCCAGAAAGAGCUGGGCAAGAGGACGGGCAGCGUUCAGGCUUUGAAGCGUUCGGCACGGGACUUGAUUGACAGCAGUCACGAUGACUCUUCCUGGGUCAAAGUUCAGAUGCAGGAGCUGAGCACCCGCUGGGAGACGGUCUGCAGCCUCUCAGUGUCCAAACAGACACGGCUGGAGCAGGCCCUCAGUCAGGCUGAAGAGUUUCACUCCACCGUUCACAUUCUGCUGGAGUGGCUCGCAGAAGCUGAACAGAGCCUUCGCUUUCAUGGAGCCCUUCCAGACGAUGAAGAAGCCCUGCGCGCGCUCAUUGAACAGCACAAGGAGUUCAUGAAGAAGCUGGAGGAGAAAAGACUGGCUCUGAAUAAAGCCACCAGCAUGGGAGAAGCCAUCCUGUCCAUCUGCCACCCAGACUCCAUCACCACCAUCAAACACUGGAACACCAUCAUUAAAGCACGCUUCGAGGAGGUAACAGCCUGGGCCCGUCAGCACCAGCAGAGACUCUCCACUGCUCUGGAUGAAAUGCUGGCCACUCAGGAGCUGCUGGAGAAGCUGCUGAACUGGCUCCAGUGGGCUGAAACUACGCUCGGAGAGAAAGACAAGGACCCAAUGCCUCAGGAGCUGGAGGAAGUCAAAGCACUCAUCGCUGAGCACCAGACUUUCAUGGAAGAGAUGACCAGAAAACAACCAGAUGUGGACAAAGUUACCAAAACCCAUAAACGAAAAGCCACAGCGGAUCCACCGGUUCAGUCUCACAUCCCCGUUCUAGAUAAAGGACGAACAUCCAGAAAAAGAUCCCCAACACAAAACAUGUACACGGCGGCAGCAUCACAGGCACAAAUCGAGACCAAGAACCCCCGAGUGAACCUGCUGGUUAGUAAAUGGCAGCAGGUUUGGUUGCUGGCUCUGGACAGGAGGAGAAAACUCAAUGACGCUCUGGACAGACUAGAGGAGUUGAAAGAGUUUGCUAACUUUGACUUUGACGUAUGGAGAAAGCGCUACAUGCGCUGGAUGAACCACAAGAAAUCACGAGUCAUGGAUUUCUUCCGUCGGAUUGAUAAAGACCAGGAUGGCAAAGUCACAAGGCAGGAAUUCAUCGAUGGCAUCCUGUCCUCAAAGUUUCCCACCAGCCGUCUGGAGAUGAGCGCUGUGGCAGAUAUCUUCGAUCGAGACGGCGAUGGCUACAUUGACUACUAUGAGUUUGUGGCUGCUUUACAUCCCAAUAAAGAUGCCUACAAGCCAUUAACCGAUGCUGACAAGAUUGAAGAUGAGGUGACUCGCCAAGUUGCGAAGUGCAAGUGCCCUAAACGCUUCCAAGUAGAGCAGAUCGGAGCCAACAAAUAUCGGUUCUACCUUGGGAACCAGUUUGGUCUGGUUCACUGCUUACAUGACCCCUUAAUCGCCGACGAGACUAUAACAAACAGGGACAGUCAAAAUCUAACCCCCCAUCUACACGUUGCGGUUUUGGAAAGCUGUAUCCUGUUCGGAGAUUCCCAGCAGCUGCGUCUGGUGCGGAUCCUGCGCAGUACAGUGAUGGUGCGGGUGGGUGGAGGCUGGAUGGCCCUGGAUGAGUUCCUGGUGAAAAAUGACCCAUGCAGAGUUCACCACCACGGGAGUAAAAUGUUGCGCUCGGAAUCAAACUCUUCAAUUACUCAGUCUCCUAUAGCUAAAGGCAGGACAAACGUGGAGCUGCGGGAGAAGUUUAUUCUCCCAGAAGGCACCACGCAGGUGAUGGCCAGCUUCCGCUACAGAGGUCGAAGGUCACGGCCGUCCUCACGAGGAGCCUCCCCUAACAGGUCCAACUCCAGUCAUAGCUGCGCUCCACAGAACAACCCGCCCGCACCAAACACACCCAAGACUCCCCAACAUUUAACCCGCAAUUAUGAUAAACCCUGGCUGACAAACAGCAAAUCAGCCACUCCUCUUAAAUCAUCCGACUCCUUUGACAGCCAAGGGUCGUCCAAUGAGAGCACUCCGAUUCAGGGCAGCAAGCUUCGUCUUCCAGGAUAUUUGUCAGGAAAAGGCUUUCAGGCGACAGAGGAUGGAGCCCUGAUCAAUGCUGCGGUCAUGAAGGCCAGAGGUCAAGCUAUAGGGUCAAGUAAGAUACCAAGCAGGCCUGGCAGUAAAGCUGGAAGUCGAGGGAGCAGCCGGCGAGGCAGCGACGCCUCGGAUUUCGACAUUUCGGACAUUCAGUCAGUCUGUUCGGACGUAUCGGAGACAGUGACAGACUCAGGCAGACCGACGCCACGCUCAGCCUCACGCCAACAUGGUGGAAAACCCUCCAAAAUCCCAACUCCACAGCGAAGAAGCUCCACUACUAGUAAACUAGCCAAAAGCAGCAAGAGAUAGUCAACAGUGCACAGGAAAAUGCACUAAACUCAGACUGGACACACACUACAAAGUGUUAUCGUUUUUAAAAAGCGUAGCAAGAUGUAAAUUAUUCUGUUGUGGAAGUGAAAAAGGAAGUGUGUGUGUGUGUGUGUGUGUGUGUGUGUUGAAUGCAACGGCUUUAUGUAUUUGUCCUGUAUUGUAUGUCAUUAAUAUUAUGUUGGAUCGCUGGGAGAGGUCAGCGAACACACUGUAUGGUGUUAGGUGAACUAACACUUUUCCACAUGUUCGCGUUGAGAGAGAAGCUGAAUCUAGUUAUUUCCCUCAGGCGGACGUGCCUGAUAUGCCUCUGUAUUCUGCCACAAUUAUUUAUUCAUCUAUUUAAAGUGCAAUGACAAGCUGCUGUUAUGCAUUUAAAGGGCAAUACUGUAACCACUGCUAUCAUACACUACAGUUAAUCCUGAUCAUGGCCUUUAAACCUGUAUAACCACCCGACUGUAGCACCCGCAGCAAUGCUAAUUUCGAUCAAAUCACGCCUAACUGUGACUACAACUUUCAGACUUAAAAACAUGUGCAAUCAUGCCUGUGUAUUCUAUAGUUCCCCUAUGCCUGAGUGAUGCGAAUUGCUCCAUUUUGUUUUUGUAAUAAAUAUGCUUGCAGAAAA